AGUAGUAGGAUAUUUAGAUGAUAAUAAUAGUAGUAGUAGCAAUAGUAGUAGAAGUAGUGGUGGUAGUGGUUGUUUUAGUAUUAGUAACAGCAGUAAUAAUAAUAGCCGCGAUAGAGCAAGCCGGCAUGAGGGCAAAAUGUUGAGGUGUGUGGGUGUCGCGUGUGACUGCCAAUCCAUGCCGUGAUGGCCGCGGUGCAUUAUGGCUUGGCGGGAUCAGCCAGAUUCUUGUUGAGACCGUGCGGGGAGGUUUCAUGGCCACAUGGACUGACGGGACGCGAAUGUCUAGCCUCAUUUUGUGGUGUUCACGGCACGUAGCUACAGGUGGCCCGCCUGAAGACAGAUAUGCCACAUCUUUGCUGUGUUAUUGGGUGUGGAAAUAAGGCAGAUAAACAGCCAAGUUUAUCGUUUUACCGCCUGCCUAAAACACCAACGCGGCAAGGUGAGCGAAGGGAGUUGAUCGCUGAAAGAAGAAGUCUAUGGUUAUCGAGACUUCAAACCCUGAACACUGGAGAGUCUGUGGAUAGCACUUCAUGAAAGGCAUCUUGUGGUAUGCAUGGAAAGGAGCUGCAGCACACAUCAGCCAGGGAGUUCCCCGAGGUAUCCACACCUCUUCCCGGAAAAAUAAGUGUUACGGUAGUCUACACGGGAGUCUUGAUACGCACAGACCUCUUGGUGCACAAACUCCUCGUCCCAAGGCACGAAUCCCCUAUAAGUGGUCCACUGAGUGCCAGGCUCUGUUGAUUAUCUCCUCCAUUACAUCAUUAUAAAUAAAAGACAAGAUGAGCUCUACUCCCACGACCACCACUCAUCCCUGUUCACCACUGACAGGUGGGCGACUCAGGCCGAGGUGGGCGUGGCGGCUGUCUGGCCUGGCGGUCUUCACGCUGUGCCUCGGGGUCGCCAGCCGUGUGCCCGCCGGUGAGGCAGCGACUCCGGGGUCAGCAGGCACUCAGCGAGGAGGGCGUGUCGAAAAAACGCCUAUAAUUGUAACGAUAAUCUCAAACACAACAGAAGUACUUGCUGAAGGGCAGCUAGAAACAACUGAAUCGUCGACCAAGUUCACUUUAUUCAGCGAGCAGAACGCGGCAAAUUUUACAUUGCCUGACAGCAAGGAGGAGGAAAGUUUAGGUUCUCCAUCUCUUGAGAAUGUUUCCGGCGGCGCCAAGGCAAUGGCCGGCCACGCAGAGUGUGUGGUGGAGACACCCUUCCCGCCCGACGAGUACGAGCCGCCAAUGUACCAGUGUCCAGACGCCGACUCCUUCUGGAUGUUGGGAACUCAGCUGGGAGACCAACGAGUGUCGGUACGUGUGGCCAAAGUGAAUGGCGGCCUUGCACUGCCCCCAACAGCCAGCCUGAAACUGGUGGGCCUCGAUCUCCAGCAGACCAACACCACACACUUCAUUAACCUCAGCCAGGCCCUCACAUCACUGGAAUCAUUGCACCUGGAUGGCAACCCAGAUUUUGAUGCCUCCUCCCUCCUGCAGCUGGGUCAGUUACCCUCACUAAAUACUCUUCAACUGGCUGGCAGUGCACAAACAACCCUUAGUGGCAACUUGUGGCAGCUGCUCAAGGGGAUGCCAUCCCUUCAGGUUCUUUACGUCUCCUCCACUGGCCUCCAUCACCUCCCACUGGACACCUUCCAACAGAAUCCAAAGCUGCAAAUACUUGAAAUUGGUGGAAAUGAAUUCAUCAGUAUCAUAUUUGAUCAAGGCCUCAUACAGCAGCUGACUCGCUUGAACAUAUCUGGCUGCCACUUGAAGAACUUGGAAAUCGAGGUUAAGUCAGCAGAAGCAUCUCAGACUCAGCAUCUGUCCAUUGAUCUGUCCAAGAAUCACCUGACAAGCCUUCCAGCCUCAUUCAUGAAUUAUGUGACUAAAAACUUUGUUCACUUAAACAUUAAAGAUAACUUAUGGAAUGAGUCAUGCAAAGUGUGCUCCCUGUACCACUUGUGGAGAUAUGGAACCGACCACUCAGACCGUGUGGACGGGGCUCAGAAUGUCAAUUGCUUCCAACGUGAGGAAGCUUUGAAGUCCUGUGGCUGGGAGGAGUGCCCAUCCCCAUGCACCUGUGAUGCAGAAACUAAAACUGUUGAUUGCAGGAAUACUGGUCUGAUGGCCGUUCCACACGUUGCACCUUCCAAUGCUGCGGUCCUUCUCCUGGAGAACAACAGUCUGUUUGACAUGAGGGGCAUUGAGUCUCCUGUGUGGUGCAACCUCAAUAUGGUCAAUGCAGACAAUAACAGAAUGACAGCCAUUAUUCCUCCAGAUGCUGUGGGCAAGGGGACAUGCACCUGUUUUGACGAUGAUGAGUUCUAUGAAGAAGAAUGGGACUGCUAUCCCCAGUCACUAAAGAAACUUUCAUUAAGCCAUAACAAGAUCAAGAACCUGUCUCACAGUGACUGCCACCUGCUAUAUUCUUUGGAAGAAUUACAUCUGUCUGGCAAUGAGGUAAAGCACUUGGGAAGCCAUGUCUGCAGUUCUUUUCAGCAUCUGGAAGUCCUUUCUCUCGAUCAUAACCGUUAUAAUGAUCUGAAGGAGGAAGACGUUGCUCCAUAUCCUAAAUUGAGAAAGCUGAAUAUUUCUUUUAACUAUCUACCUACUCUUCCCUACCGCAUCCUUGAGCUCAUGCCAAAGCUGACAGUCCUUGAUGUGAGCAACAACCGACUCCGGCAGCUCAGUGAGAAUACCAGCACACCAGACACACCCUUUACUUCAUCGGUGUCAUCCCUCCUGGAGAAGCUUGACUUCAGCAACAAUAGUCUUGAGCUGAUCAAGCCUGUCUUAAGCCUCAAGCAAAUCCCAUUUUUGAAAAAGCUCUCCCUCGACAACAACCCUUGGCAGUGCUCCUGUGAAACCAUCAAAGAUCUUGCGGUGAAAGUGUUUGAGGAGUUGAAGCGCAUGGCCAUGGUGAAGGCGGUGCAGACCAUCAGGUGUCACCAGCCGGCCGACCUGAAGGAUGUCCUCAUUAAUGAUCCAAGAGCAUUACAGAUUUGUGAGGAAGCUGAGUCUUCGACAAACGUCUUCAGUGCUGUGGUAGGAACGAUGAUCAUUCUUGCCUUUAUAGGGUUUAUGGUCUACCUCGCAUGCAAGAAAUCUUCCGCAUAUGUUCGCAAUGAACUAAAUAUGUCUACUUCCUGUGAUGAAACCUUUAGGAGGAGGUACAAUGUGGUUGUGGUCCAUGACUGGGAGGACAAUGAGAUAGUGAAGAGGGAAUUGGUAGAUCCUCUCAGAGACCUUUCCUACACGGUGGCAUGGAAUGAGAACGUCUUCCCACCUGGUCAAAAUACUAAUGCUAGCAUAGAGAGAGCAGUCGAAGAUUCAAGAAGAAUGCUUGUGGUGGCCUCCAAAAACUUCAUGGAAUACGAUCGUGGUGAACAGAUAAUUCGUAGAGGUCUCAGUGAAGAGGACAGGACACCAGGCUUCAAGGUGUUGGCCCUUGUUCUGGAUGACCUGCCAAAGGAACUGAAGUACCCUGCCUUGUAUGACAUUGUUGUGAAGCGAAACCCCGUGUAUAAGAACAGCAGAGACUACAUCACAAAAAUUUGUGACUUCCUCCCAGCUCCAGGGACAUCUCAAUACACUAUCUGGUUGACAGAAACUGAUGUGAACAGCUUCUUGUGGCAGCAAAUUGAAAAAAUGGAGAGAAGGGAUAAAAAGAGAGCCAGCAAGCAACAAGCCCCCUUGCAUGAAAUUUUCACAUUCAAGAGGUCAGAUGGCUGUGGCAGCUCUGUUGAGGCUACGUACUCAACUCAAAGUUUUAAGGAGGCUGCCAAGGCUACAAGCUUUAACAGGAAUCAGUCUGACAGAUGCACCACCAGAUUCUAGGUGUUGACUGUUGGGUCAUAUUGCUGGCAGCACCUGUUUGAUGGACCACUGCAGUGCACUUACUAAAGCAAUCCAUCCAUCCAUUUAUUUGUUGGUUAGACCAAAUGCAGAGGAAGCAACAACCCUGAGCAGUCAUCACAUGUAUGAGAGAAACUCCACCAUCAUUGCCCUCACCACCACUGGUCAACUCUACCUCCCAUUGUUCUCUACUCCCAUGGCUGUCUCUCACUCCAGUAAUAAUACAAGAUACAACAUGAAAAAAAUGAGUGGCAGAGAAACCUGGAUGUGCUGAUAAUAUAGUGCCACAACAGCUGGAGUUCCUUGAUAUAAAAGUGCGAUAUGUAUAAGCUGAUUUAUGUAAUACACAUGUAGUUAUUUUUUAGACAGGUUAUCAAAGUCAGUAAAAAAAUAUUGCUACAGGACCACUGGGAAUGGGUUCAUAGUGUGGGCAAGGCAACACACGAGGGGUGCUGUCCUGAUGCUCAUAGGCCUACCUUUCCUCACCGCUGUGCUGUGACUUGUAAGACACACACUGGGUCUGUGUCUGAAGUGGCAUCAGUACUGUCGAUGUAAGUCUCCUCUGCAGUAGUACUAGGUCUCUCGUCUUGCUUAACUGCAACAGAGGCACCGAUCCUUCUUUCGAUGAUGCUGAGUCUCUUUUCAAAGUUUUGCAUAUUUGUGUUGAGGGUGGCAACUGCAGUGUGAAGAGAUGUCAAGACAUCAAAAAGCUGAUUGUACAGAACAGGAGGAGUCGUACCAUCUGGAGCAUCAGUGGAAGGUACUCUGGACUGCGGGUCAGCAGCCUCUUUGACACUUUCAUUUUUCUCUUGCUUGCAAUUACCCUCAGGGGCACUGUCUUCAGCUGGAAAAAAAUAAUAAAAUAAUCAACCAA